AUGGAUUUGCCAACGUCAAAGCCGUUUUCAACUGCAAUGUCUCACUCUGAAAAAGAAAGAUGGAUUUGCAUCUAUCCAGUUUAUUUGAAUAGUCGUGUUACUAGAGCACGUGGGCGGCGGGUAUCCAUUGAGCAAGGUGUUGAUAACCCUAAGCACACAGAAAUUUGUGCCAUUUUACAAAACCUUGGAAUGCAGCAUAUAGCAGAAAAUAAAGUUUAUUGUCGUGAACGGGAUCCAGCAGAGACACAGAAUCGUUGGCGCAUUAGAGUACAAUUGAAAAAUGAUGACGGGUCUCCCUGCUUGCCCGAGUUCCCCACUAGGCAGGCAUUACUAUUGCACCUUGGCAAAACAAUACCUCUUCUAAAAACUCGUCACUCAGGCGGGGAUCAGUGGCAACACACAAAAGGAAAAAAAUGGAAGAAACGAUGA